AUGUCUAAGCCGGUUUCAGUUCCAAUAGAGUCGUUGCAUGGGCAUGGACAUGGGCAUUCGCAAGGUAGUGGUGGUGGAGGACACCAUCAGAUAACUAUUGCGCCGAAUUUGCAGCCGAGAAAGCACGGGAAGCCUACUGGGAUCACGAUUCGGACGUCGAGACACUGGGUGCUUCCACCGCGGCCCAAGCCUGGUAGGAGGCCCAGUCCUGCGGUGUCUAUCAAGCAGCAGGCGUCGGCGUCAGCGUCGGCGUCGGUAUCAGCAUCAGCAUCAUCAGUUUCGCCAGGGGUUUCUAGUUCCGUGUCGCCAGCACCGGCUGUUAAGGUGAAGACGGAAACAGAGGAGCAUUCUGUGCAGGCGAAGAAAUCGGACAAGGGAGGGUCUGUGACGGGCAGCAGGCCCAAUGCGAACAGUAUUCCGCUGACGAAUAGCAAGUCGAAGGUGCAGAACGCGAAACAGACCCGCAAAUCGGAGAUUACGGCUAAAACGCAGGUGAAGGUGAAGACGGAGCACUCUAACGCGGUCCACAGUCCUGUGUCCACAGCUACAGCAGCAGCUACAGCAGCAGCAGCAGCACAACCAAUACCAUCCCAAACCCCAGCACCAGUGCAAAGUGCAGACACGAAGAAGAAACCUUCUUCCAAGACGGCCUUGAAAAAAGAGAUUCAGAUCCUCAAAAUGGAAAACAAUAAACUAAAGCAAGAACUCAGCGACCUUGUCGGGAACCUACAAGAACUCAAGCGCCAGUUCCCCAUUGCAUCGCCUCCGGAAGAUGCAAACUUACUAAAAACCCAAAAGGGUGUUCCAGCAGCGAAAGGAAAAGCUUCAGCAGUAGCAGCAGCAGGCAUGACUCGGAAAAGGUCUAUCAUAGACUCGGAUAUCGACAUGCUGCAAGCACAUCCGCUUCAAGCCUCCUCCUCCUCUGUGUCCCAUCAUCAUCAUCACGAGGUCAAGCCUGAACCGCUGGAUGACACAGAAAUAUUCUUAAAAUUCGACGAGGACGAUGAACCGCACAAGGACCUGAUCAAGAACCUUUCUUCGUCCAGAAUGAACCAAACUUCGUCGCUAAGCUCCCGUACUAGUUUCACGGAUGAUGACGACUUGCUGCUUUCUUCGUCAACACCAAGCUCUCUCUUCUCAACCGAUUUGAAUCGUACAGUGAGCAACCAAAUGUUCUCAACGUCGACAAUGGUCACAAAUACUGGUUCUAGUCCAAGCAGUAGCCAUACUUCAAAUAAGAGCCUACAAAACUCACAGUACUCAGACACUAUAGAGACAAUGAAAUUCAUCGAUGGUUAUGAACAAAUGGAAUUCUACUCUAAGUAUAAACUGUCUUCUAAUCACUCCCAGGAACCACUCAAAUCCGUACAAAAAUUGAAGUCUGACCAUGUAGCCAGCCACCAGGACGAACUUGACUGUAUCAGAGAAGAAGAACCAGUUACGGAUCUUUUGGCCACUGGUGCUAUCAGCGCUAGUAACUCGACCAGCGUCACUGCAAAACCUUCAAAUCCCGAUCAGGACUCCGGUAUGCUCUAUUUCUUGCAGAAACAUGCACUCUCGAAAAAUCCCGGAUCAAAGCUUGGCGAUCUGCCAAUCGACCUUGAUGACUCUCUUCCUUCGUCCCUUUUGCUGAAACUGGGCGAAGAAGAUGAAAACUCGUUUAUGAACUUGAACUUGAAAAGUAUUGACCCUGACGACCCUUUGAAUGAGCAUGUCACUGACACUCCGUUCGUAGCACCCACCUUAGAAGAAUUGAUGGAGGAACAAGAUGAUAAAGACUCAAAACUUCUAGGACCUGAAAACACUGAACAGGAUAUGGAUCUCUUAAAAAUGGGCAUAUUCUUCACAGACUAA